CCACUUUUAUCAGUUUCAUAACGAAUAAUUUGAUUAUCUUCGAAUUAACCUUAACCUCAAACGUCAGGUUGACGUCGCCGAAAGUCAGUGCGUCCAACACAACCCCGCGAAAUAACCACCCAACUACAUAAAACGCAGCAUGGGAUAAAUUAAAUUAACGGACGUGCGGUUCCUAUGAGGCGAUUUGAUUUUGAUCGAAAUGAACGACCACAGGGAAUCCGGGUUCAAGAGCUAUCUUGAUGAAAGUUGCUUGGAAACAAUUAAACUGAAUGACGCCCAACAAACCAAACUUCUGGAUGGAGAGACGACGGUUUACACGGCCACCAACGUGCUGUUGUUCACACCGAUCAGUGACAGAAAGAAAGGCAUCUACGGCCACCUGACGAUCACAACGUUCAAAUUGUCGUUCGCUAGCGCCACCGACGAGAACGAAAAGUACCACCAGCACAACCUGCUGUUGGGCAGGAACGAAGUGUGCUUGCAGGCCAUAGCUAAUGUUUAUCAGGUCGGUGAGAGGACCAAAAAGAAACUAAUACCAGGGCAAAAUGUUACUGGUAAAAUUAAGGAACUGUUGAUCACAUGCAAGAACAUGAGGAGUUUUGAGUUCAGCUUCAAAGACAGUGAGAAGGACAGUGGUAAGAACAUUGCCAAUGCUUUGUUACAUCAUGCCUACCCCAAGCGACACUCACUGUUGUUUGCCUACGAAAACAGGGAGCCAUAUGUGAUGUCACCUCAGGUUACCAAAGAGGUAACCUUUUACAGAACUAAAGCGGACUGGGAGAGGGAGCUGAAACGAAGCAGGUGCAAAAACUGGCGAUUGUCAGACGCCAAUUUGAACUACGAGUUUUCUCAGUAUCUAAACCAAACUAUCAUAGUGCCUUCAUCGGUGGAGGACGUCCUGAUUAAGAGGGCAGCUGAACACUUCAACAACAGCUUCUGUCCAGUCUGGGUGUGGGGCACGGCCAGAGGCGCAGCGCUGGUCAGGAUGGCCGACCUGAUGCCGACAAUAACCGAAAGCAGCCACGAGAACCAGCUGCUCGAGCACAUCCGCCGGUCGCAUCCGGAACUGAGGGCGCCCUCCAUCAUCAACCUGAACUCCCCCUCGGCCAAGGAGCUGCAGUCGGGGUACGCGAAGCUGCGCGACCUUUGCAUUCCCGAUAACUCGCGCACCUUUCGCAACCAAGAUAGGAAGUUUUAUGCGUUGCUGGACAACUCCAAGUGGCUCGCGCACGUUUCGACGUACCUGAGCAAGGCCGAGGAGGCGGCCAGGUUGAUUUAUAACAACAACACCACGGUGGUUCUGCAGGAAGGUAACGGCCAGGACGCCAACUGCGUCGUCUCCAGCCUGACCCAGAUAAUACUGGAGCCGCACUUCCGGCGAAGGCAGGGCUUCCAAUCGCUGAUCCAGAAGGAGUGGGUGGCGCUGGGACACCCGUUCUCGCACCGCCUGGGCCUGGUCGCCAACAAGGAGGUGGAGCCGGCCCCCUACUUCCUCGUCUUCUUGGACUGCGUGUGGCAGCUGCAGCAACAGCAUCCGGCCGCGUUCGACUUCAGCGAGACCUACCUGACGACUCUGUGGGACUCCUGUCACGUCUCUAUUUUUGACACGUUCCUCUUCAACAACGAGCACGAGCGCAUGAUGGCGGAGAGCGGUACCAACACGGGGGCGUCCAAGCUGGUGUUGCGCAGCACCUGGGACUGGAGGGAGCAAUUCCAGGAGCAGGAUCUGAUGCUGUUUCACAACCCGUUGUACGACGACAGUUACAGACAGGUGUUGAGUAUUAAAACGGGACUUUCGGCCUUAGAAAUAUGGAAUCAGUGCUAUUUUCGGUGGCUUCCGGAACUGGAGAUACGAAACGGGGGCAAACCUGUUGUUGACAUGUUCAAUAGAGUUUUGGUGUCUAAUAUAUGCAUAUUACAACAGGGCGAAAAGGAUGUGUUUGUUAAAAACAGGGACAAUAAUUUAGAAUUGCUGUCGCAAGUCAACAGCUUCUUUCCGUUUAGCAAUAAUUUAGAAUCGUUGCCAAUAUCUACUAAUAACAUAUUUUUCACUAACGACGGUUUAGAAUCGCAGUCGGUUUAUAAUAUGAAUACAACCGAAUAAUUAGGUAAAAAAAUGAUUAAAUCAAAAGGUAUUAUCUACUGACUAGCAAAAAUAUAUACUGCUUCCAAGGAAAAAUAAUUUACAUACAUAGAAAUACAUAAUCAAUCAAUUUUUACGUUGAUUUCUUUGUUUUUUAUAUUUUAUAUUCAACUAGUCUUUUUAGUUCAUACUUUGGUACCACUAGAAGUUAUUUCGAAAAUUAGAUUUUAUUUAAUUUGGCAUUGUUCAAGAUUUACUAAAAAUGUUCAUCACAAUUUAUGAACUUAAGUUUUAUUUUUUAACCAAAUAUUAAGAAUAUUAUUUUUUGAUUUAGCCAGUUAAAGUACGUGUUUAAUAUUUAAUUACCAGUGUGAUGAGUACCUAGAUAAAAUUUUAAUAAUGCCAUUUUUUAAAGUAAACAACAAUUAAAGAAAUGUAUCCAGUUAAUAUUAAGUUUUAAAUUUGUACAUAGAAGCUAUGGAAAUGUCUUUUGUUUUGUAUGUAUCUGUGAGAUUAGCAUAAGUUAAAACAAUUUUGUACUGGUAGCUUUAACACCUAGGAAACUAUUUAAAUUAUAAAUUUUGCCCCCUACUAAUACAAAUUCAGUUAUAAUUAUAUUUUUUAAUAGGUUUGUGAGUUUCAGUAUUUCGAAUGUAUUUUAUUUUAUCUACAGUUGUAUUAUUUUAACAAGCCAAAAAAUUAAUAUUUAUUUAAACUUAAUAAUAUAUGAUCCAUGUAAAGUU